AUGGUCGACUCGCUCUCGGCGCCCGACUGGGCCGACGCCCCGUACUGCACCCGGUGCCGCACCGACUUUUCCACCUUUAACCGCAAGCACCACUGUCGCAAUUGCGGCCACGUCUUUGACGCCCAGUGCUCGUCGGGCUCGGCACCGCUCCCGCACUACGGCAUCCUCGAGCCCGUGCGCGUGUGCGACGGGUGCCUCAAA